GCACUCUGGAGACGGGCACAAUUUGCAAAUGGACCCUAAAACUCUGAGAAAAAGACUGGGAGCGCCUGUGUCCGUGCUCUGGUGCACUGUGUGUCUGCUGCUUCUGCCUCCAUCCUCCUCCUCCCACCACGAGUCUGAUGACUCCAGUCUGCUGCAGGUGACCAUCCCCGUAAACCCUCCUGUGCUGGCCGUUCUGGGGGGCUCCCUAACUCUCCCCUGCCUGGUCUCGCUCGCCCACCCCCCACCCUCGCCCUCCUCCAAUGGGCGCCUGGCCGUGCUCUCAAUGCCCCGGGUCAAGUGGACGGUGGUGAGGGCGGGCGGUGAGGAGACGGAGAUCCUGGUGGCCAGAGGGGACAGGGUGAAGGUGAGCGAGGCUUACAGGGAGCGGGCGUCUCUCGUGCACUACCCCUCCUCCCCCGCAGACCUGACCCUGGCACUGGGCGAACUCCGGCACAACGACACAGGCUUCUACCGCUGUGAGGUGCAGCAAGGCCUGGAGGACGCACACGAUGUGGUGCUGGUCAAAGUCAAGGGGGUGGUUUUUCAUUACCGUGCUGCCUCCAGCCGUUACGCCUUCACCUUUGAUCAGGCCCGUGAAGCCUGUGAGGACAUCGGGGCUGAGAUGGCCUCUCCACAGCAGCUCUAUGCAGCCUAUACCAGCGGAUACGAGCAGUGUGACGCAGGCUGGCUCUCCGACCACUCAGUCAGAUAUCCGAUUCAGAUGCCCAGGGAAGGCUGUUUGGGGGAUUUGGAUGAACUGCCCGGGGUCAGGAACUACGGGCUCUUAGAGUCAGAGGAACUGUACGAUGUCUACUGCUAUGUAGAAAACAUCAGGGGUGAGGUGUUAUAUGGCCCUGCCCCCGAGCGCUUCAACUUCUCUGAGGCGAAGUCUUUCUGCCAGUCCCUGGGAGCAGAGCUGGCGACCACCGCUCAGCUGUACGCCGCCUGGAACGACGGCCUGAACCACUGCAGCCCCGGGUGGCUCGCGGACGGCAGUGUGCGCUACCCCAUCGUGACCCCCAGAGAGCGCUGUGGGGGAGGGGAGCCCGGGGUCAGGACUGUCUAUCGCUUCAGUAACCAGACAGGCUUCCCUGAGCCACACACACUGCAUGAUGUGUACUGCUUCAGAGGUGAGAAUGGUGCUUACACAGACUCCCCUCAGGGUGAGCCUGCCACACAGCCCGACGACACGGACCACGACAUCAUUUACUCCAUUCACUCAUUUACAGAAGAAGACAUGGAUGAAGUGACAUCUCAAGACAGCCCCAUGGUCCACCACACAGAGGAGCCCAUAGAAAACCUCUCUGCCACUCCAACACAAGACUAUACUACAGAUAAUCUUCAUACUCCAAUACCUGAAAAACACCUAACCACAACCUAUAUGGAAGAUAUAGUCAUAAAAAGCGAGUAUCAUGAGUCUUUUCAACAAGUUCCUUUAAGUUCAGAUUACACAACACUUCCAGAUGACAGCACUGAAGCUGUAGAAUCCACCUCACCCAGUGUAGAAGGUUUUGAGCACUUGGACCAUAACACAACUGAAAGUCUAAUAGAAAAAAAUGAAACACAACAUGUCUUCAUUUCGCAUACUGAAAGCGAUUUUACUAGUUCGCGUGAAGACCACACUUUGGAGUUUGAAAUAGACAAUUCAACCAUAGUCCUUGAAGUUUCUGAGGAGCUUGAAGAAAAGACUACUGUCUGUGAUGAGAUGUCCCAGGUCACCGAUCCAACAGAAGAAGAAGAUUCAGGAGAAGAAGAUGAAACAGCAGCCAGUGAGACGACAGAGGAACCCGGACAGGAGAGCACAAACCCUGCACCGGGACAUCUACUCACUCCAAUUAACCUCCAUCCUCUGACAUUCUUGAGCUCACUACAGUGGCUUCUCCAGAUGAUCUACCAAUGCUCCAGAGUUCUCCUCUACCUUCUGAAGAGGCCCACACCUGAACCACUGACUGACACUGACCACUCACACACGUCUCUCCACGCAGUCACUUUCAUUUCACCCACAUACAUCACACUGCCCUCUACCCCUGCGGAGGAGGAACUCAUCUCCCAAAUCUCCACUCACAUUCACCAAAACACAGAAGAACCAGACGAAGAAUUAGAAGGAGACAGUCAAGCUGAGAUGUUGAACGUCACCAUAUCUGAAGAUGGGUCUGGAGAGUUGUCAGGUGAAGAAAUGGAAGUGAAUGGACAUAGUUUGAGUCCAGAGCCUACAGCCAGAGUGGACAGCACAACAGUAGAUUGGGACUUCCCGCAGAUAACCCUGGUUUCCUAUGAGAGCGUGACACUGGGCUGGGAGCCGAAGUCCGAUGGGCCACCCCAAGAGUCUCGAUCUGAAGUACUUUAUAGCCCCGUCACCACGGUGACAGAGCCUUGGACAGAAGAGGACGACUCCAUGUCAUCAGGGGAAGUCUGUCCAUGGCAUUCUUAUGAAGAAACAUCAGAUGAUCCUCUCACACCAGAUGACCAGGACGUGCCCCUCCACACCCCCACCCCUCAAGAAGUGACGGGAGACGUGGAGGCACACCCAGCCAUGGCUGCUUCUGUCCCAGAGGUCAGGAUGUCCGCAGCAGGUUUGUCAGACACCUGCCUACAGAGCCCCUGUUUGAAUGGAGGAACCUGUAUCGAAGAAGUAUCCAGUAUAUUUUCAUGCAUCUGUCUGCCUGGGUACCAUGGGGACCUGUGCGAGUUAGACCUGGAAAUGUGUGAGCCGGGCUGGGAUAAGUUCCAUGGAUUCUGUUACCGUCACUUCUCCAGUCGUCAGAGCUGGGACACAGCCGAACAGCACUGCCGUCUGUGUGGAGGGCACCUGGUGUCUGUCAUGACCCCCGAGGAGCAGCACUACAUCAAUGAUAAAUUCAAAGAAUAUCAGUGGAUUGGACUGAACGACAGAACUAUUGAGGGAGACUUCCGCUGGUCAGAUGGCAGCCCUCUGUUGUAUGAAAACUGGUCCAAGGGGCAGCCGGACAGCUACUUCCUGUCUGGAGAGGACUGUGCUGUGAUGGUGUGGCACGAGCAGGGCCAGUGGAGUGAUGUGCCCUGUAACUACCACCUGUCCUACACCUGCAAGAAGGGAGUCACUUCGUGCGGUGAGCCUCCAAAGGUCGCGCACGCUAAAGUCUUUGGCAAGAAGCGUUCGCGUUACGAGAUCAACUCCAUGGUGCGUUACUACUGCGAGGACGGCUACAUUCAGAAACUCAACCCGGUCAUCAAGUGUCUGCCCAGCGGCUUCUGGGAGGAGCCACGGAUUACAUGCAUCCCAAAUUUUGCACAUUUGAUGAAAGAGGCCUCUGUCACCACUCCCCCAGCUGAGAGUGUGACUGCACAGAAGUCUGCUCCACAGUUCCGGUACAUCAAAUGGGACAUCUAA